AUGGACUACCCUAACGCCGAAGCCCUCAACUCAUCUGUACCUGGGGUCUGGCGGAAGCUUGCGAGAAAACCAGGCGAGCUGUACCGGUGGGGUUUUUACCUUUACCGCGCAACGUACGAUGAUCAACAUCUUUGGGAGCGUUACAUUUCUUUUCUUUCUGGGAUGGCGUCCAGUUAUUUGGCAAGGGACACCACCCACAGACGGCAGGAGAUCCGAGACAAAUUCAGACUCUCCCUGGUCGAGGACCCAGAUGCCCUGGACGGCGCAACUAUGAACGAUGUCAAAGCAAGAUUUCAAAACUGGUCAGACAGUCUGCCCGACGAGGGAAUCGAAGAUGAAGAGGUUCCAAAGGAGCAAAACCGCGAUUACGCUCGGUUUAGGUACUGCUUGUUCGUGGACGCUGAGUGUUUGGAGUCGUUUAAGCAACAGGAGGGCAGAUUGAACGACUACGCUGGCGGAGAUCAUGCUGAAGGUGGUGCAUUCGUAAAAGUCAUCAACGCGGAACACCAAGUCAUUGACUCCGAAGGCGAUGACAGUGAAGCCGACGAGAAUCUGGAGGAAGAGGAAGCAGGCCAAGAGGAAGAUGGUUUCGAGGAAGACUGGAUGUACAUCGAUUGCAGAUGGGUUUGCGCAUUCUACGACAUUGUGCAAGACGGAGGGUACGAAUGGGACAGGCAACUGGGGAUGUGUAAAUACCCGACAAAGACGCCUUGGAGGCGUUGCUAG